UUCACUCUAUGUCCCAAAAUAAAUGUCAAAUUUGUCAAAAGUAAGCAAAGCACAUUGGGGUUAUUGUUCGUUUUUUUAACCAAUUUUAGCGUUUAACUCGUAUCUUUUCACGUAAUUAAGAUAUUUAGUUGAAGUGUUCUAUUGUGCAAUUUGAACAAUGGAGGUUUUCAUUUGAUUUGGUGUCUUAAUUCUAUGGAAUACGUUUGCAUACCACAGAAGCCAAAUAACAGUAUCCACAGUUGAGAAGUAUGUGUAGAGAUGAAGAGAUGUGACGCGUGCCGUGUCCGUUCAGAACGGAGGACGGAGGAGAGAGCGGACACCAGUGGAGACAGGGACCCGCUCAUUGACACAACAACUGUCUCUCCGGAGGACAAUUACGAUAACCAAAAUUUAUCGUGCGGCAUCUGCGCAAUGUUUCCGUCGUGCAUGUCGCUGCUCUCGCGGCGGGGGGAGCAGCGGGCGCCCCGGCCUGGCCAGGCGGCGGUCGUGCUCAACGUCUACGACAUGUACUGGACGAACUGGUACACGGCAGGUGCAGGGGUCGGGGUGUUCCACAGCGGGGUUCAAGUCCACGGCUCAGAAUGGGCAUACGGCGGUCAUCCGUAUGCCUUCACCGGUGUCUUCGAGAUCACGCCCCGAGACGAACGGGAGUUAGGCGAACAGUUCCGAUUCAGACAAAGUGUGCACAUAGGUUAUACGGACUUCAGCGAAGAGGAAGUCAGACGGUUGGUAGCAGAAUUAGGCAAGCAGUUCCGCGGUGACAGGUAUCACCUAAUGAAUAACAACUGCAAUCAUUUUACGUCGGCGUUUUGUUUGGCGCUAUGCGACCACGACAUCCCGGCGUGGGUGAACCGGCUCGCGUACGUGAGCUCGUGCGUGCCCUUUCUGCAGCGGUGUCUGCCCAAAGAGUGGCUGACCCCGGCGGCGCUGCAGCAGUCGCUGGCGGCGCACUCGCGCUCCUCCUCGCCGCAGACGCCGCAAUAGCUAAAAUAUGUACUGCACUGUUGCAGUUAAGCAGUCAGAAGUGUUGUGCGAACUAAUACAUACUAGAGUUAAAGUUAGCUAGUACUUGGUUUGGCGCAUUGUCGAUAAAUACUAGAGAGGCGGGCCGCGCCACGUUCAACAAUGUUUUAGUCGAUUUUGUCUAUGAAUCCAAAAAUCGACUAAUCGUACAAACUAAAUUGUUUAAAAACGACUUCGACGCGGCUCUGGCCUUUAUAUUAUAUUAAUCUAAUCAUAGUUCUCUUGUAACGUUAGUAAAAACCGAGAUAAUGAGUCAAAAAGAUGUCAAUGACUCACUCAGUUUUUAUUAACAUUUGCGGUAGUGUUGUCCCCGUUUUAAGAGUUCCUAUUUUGAAAUGGGACCUUAUUUAAAUUUAAACUUUGACUUCUGAAGGAAUUGAGCAUUUACAUAAUUUUGUUUUAAGUAAUUAUGUGAAUGAUAAUAUAUUUCUUCAAUGCUAAGUAUCUCUAAAUUGAUUCUAUUUCUUUUUUGUAUAUUAGGACAAAAGACAAAAGAUUUUUAAUACUUGAUGUGUUUAGUUAAGGUUUAUAUUAGCCAACAUUUUAUUUAUAAAUAAAUUUAGAUUUUCAUGAUCAUCACGUAAAUUAUAUUCAUUUCAUUUUAAUAUAAUCAUUUUCAGGCAUUUACAUAUUUACGGGAUAAAAAUAGGAAUAUGGGUUUUCUUAUUUUGUCGUUGGUAAUGUAAAGAUGGCGGAUGUGUGAGUAUGUGUGUGUGUGUGUUUGUGUGUUGACAUAAAUAUACGUAGAUCAUUGUAGUCCGUCCGUCAGCUAAUUAAAACAGGCGUGAUUCUUAAAAAUUAAUACUAAGUGCGUUUUCUAUCGUUAUUUAUACUUUUUUUUAAGUCGCGUUUUGCAAAGGGCGGGAAAAAAAAAUAUUUCAAUUAUAACCGAGACCCAAGUUUAAACGAAGAUAUAAUUUAGUUACACAGUUAAUAUUAAUCCAAGAAAGAAAUGCUAAUUUGGUAUUUGACAGUUUAUCAAUAUUUUAAUAUUAUGUUUUUCAACAAAUAAUAUUUAAGGAGACAGCAUUUAUUCCCAAAAUAUUCGCCAAAGAAAAAAAUAUCACACCGCCGUUUGUGGGACGCGAAAAAAUUACUAAAUUAAAAACUAUAAGUACCUAUAUCUUGUUACUGUUUUUAAAGAAAAUCGUUUGGGAAUUUAGUGUAAUCAUGAAAAAUAAUUUAAUUAUUAAAUGUAUAGGUAUAAAUGUGUCGAGUUGUUCCAUAUGUCACGUCAUAGACAAGUAGACGUCAUGUGGGGUGGGCCUUUCAACUCUACGUUUAUAUUUAACAUUUUGAAUUAUUAUCUUGCUUUUUUAAUUCAAUUUUGGGUCCGUAUUACAGGUAAGAAAUCGGUCACAUAAAGACUUUUUUUAAUCGAUAAAAUAAUUUAAAUAUAAUUUGAACUUAAGAGGUUAUUUAAUUAGAUUAAAACAAUGAAAUAUUGAAUUACUUUUCUUCUAUAUUAAGCCAUUUGGUUUCUCAAUAACAGAAAUUAUAGAUAUGGUCAUACAAAGUCAUGUAAUACGGACCACAGAUAACUAUAAAAAUUUCAAUUAACUUAUUAUAGGUCGCUGGUUUUACUUAUAAAAUAUAACUACAGUUUUACAGGUCGAAUAAUUAACUCAUUUUAUUACUUUUUAUUAAAUAGAUAACUCAGUUCAUUCAUUAAUAUUACUAAUUAUUCUUAAUUUGCAAAGCCGUGACGUGUCAGGAUAUAAUCAAAGUGCACUUAGAUAUCGUGCAUUUACUGGUUUAAUUAGACUUAAAGGAUUUAAUGUGUUAAUUGUAAGAAUUCCUCUAUACAGGAUCGCACUCAAGGGUGUUGCCAGACGAUAAAUACAUUCAUUCGUCUUUUAACGAAGGAGGAUUUAUUUUAAUGACGUAAUUUUUAAGAAUACGAAAAAUAUCUAGAUUCUUUGGCUGUGGUUUUCUAAAGUAAAUAUGUUUAAACGUAAAUUCAGUAUAGUUAUCGGCACGAAUCUUGAGCUCUGACCUACAUCUGCGCAGAAGUGGUUUAUUAGCAAAGAACCAAUCCCGAGUGACGGCUAUGACGCGAUGCACUGCGGGCCAAUCACCGCUUUAGCCCGCCCCCGCGCCUCACUUCAUACCACAAAAGGGACCCAAUAAAUUACUUCUGCGCAGAUGAAGGUCAGAGCUCAAGAUUCUUGCCGAUAACUAUAAUUUAGUUUGAAAUGUGUUGUAUAUGCUCGUUUGGUUUCACCCUUAUUGAAAUACGCUUUAUAUGACAACGAUCCACAGAUCGUAAUCCUAACUAAUAUUAUAAACUGCGAAAUUGUCGUUUCUAUGGCAACGGUUACACGAUCAAUUUGGUGUCAGUUUAGUCUGACCUUGAUCAUUGGAUUAUAUUAUGGACUACCUUCUGCCAGCGGUUUCACCAGCAUCCCGUGGGAUCUACUUCCCGUACCGGGAUAAAAAGUAGCCUAUAGCCUUCCUCGAUAAAUGGACUAUCUAACACUGAAUAAAAUUUUUCAAAUCGGACCAGUAGUUCCUGAGAUUCACGUGUUCAAACAAACAAACAAACAAACUCUUCAGCUUUAUAAUAUUAGUAUAGAUUUAAGGAAAAAAAUCUAUACUUUGUCUCAGGCUCGGUCUGCUAUCGAGGACGCUUUUACGAAAUUAAGGUGAAUGCUUCAUGUUCAACUUGUAGUGGGAACUGGGGUCGAUAAACAUACUAGUCAAAGAAUUCACCUUUAGUUCAGUCUAUCAAAUAAUAAUUAUUAUAAUCAGCCGUAUCAAGGCCUCACACUGAACUGAUAUUAGAAUGAACGUGUAAACUCCGCCUUACGAAGCAACGGCAUAACGGAGUUAGAUGAAAUAGGACCUAAUUAACCAUAGCUAUACGAAUGAUUAACUAAUCCUUUGUAGAACAGUUCAAAUUACCAUUAUAAAUUAUUUUAAAAUGGCAUUUUCCCUUGGUUGCAUAGUCUAUUUAUUGCAUUUUAAAUGAAAACCACCUUCCUUGGUAUUUAUUAGUGUUGCUGUCAUCUUUAAAAACGUUAGAGAACUAGAAGAAGAUAGCAACAUCGAUGGUUUCAUUUACUUUAUCGACAUUAGAGAUUGUGCUUACUCUUAGAAAAAUGUCGAUAUUUUAGAUUUCAAAACUUAAGUGUCAUUUUUAUGGAUUACUGUUCCUUUUUUUGAUAAAAUGAUUAAUGAAUAAUAGAUUUUUAAAUUAUUUUCUGUAUAACCCAAAACUAGACACCAUUUUAUCUGAAAGGCGAAAGAUUAGGAGUAUUUAUGUAUUACCCGAUAACUAAAAUUAAGCAUAGUAUGAUCCUGAUAAUUUCACAAAAGUGCCAUUGAUAUGAUAAUGGGAAUUAAUUAAAUUAAUUUACUAACUAUAAAUUAUUUUUUCGCUGCCAUUUUUAGUUUUGAAAGGAUCUUAGAAAUAGACAAGGUUUCUUAGUAAAAUAGGGUUAUUGGCUUGAAAUAUUCAAUAUGAGCGAAACAUGAUUAUUAUGAUGUUAACCGAAAUUUUUCAAACUGUGUACUUGACAAUGCGCCAACGAAUAACGUAUUUCAAAUGGAAACACUUGUGUACGAUAUAUAGAUUUUUUCUCUGGAGAUAUUUGGUAUAAAGAAAAAUUAUUAUUAUUCUUUUACAAUCAUGAUAUUGUUGCAAAGUUAUUUUUUUUUACGGUUACACUAGCAGGCCGUGACGGAAUGUGGCAUGGCGGUAAUUAAAACCAUGCUUUUUCAUUUUUUUUCGUAUUUGAAGUUAUCGUACUACGUGUCGUCUGGUUGAAAUACGUGUGUAUCGUGUGUAAGUAUCGGACUACACAAUAAUGUGCCACUUCUCACCUCAGUGUUUCAAAUUAUGACGUUUUUACAAGUUACGACUAGUUAGGGUAUAAUAUGUGAAGUCGCGGGAACGCCCUGUCUACUAACAAGCUUAUCUAGAGUUUUUACGAAUAGCUUGCUAUGUCUAUAAGUUAUUUAAACAUUUUAAAUAGUUUACUCGCUUUUUUGUACCAUCUCUAAAGCAAAUUAUUGAUUUAAUUUGCGAAUAUGUGUCUACUAAUAAUAUUAUAUAAAAUACUUCUUCUUUCUUCUCUUUGAACUUUUACCUAGUUUUUAUAACAAGAUAUUUUUUAAGUUUACAAGCAGUUCCUAUAGCUCAUGACAUUGUCUAUAUAUUUUAUAACACCGUAUGUAGGUCAGAGCGUUUCCCCGACUAAAAAUACUGUAGGUUCGGAUCUAUAAAUAUAAUAUGCAAAUAAAAGAGUUAAACUGUUGAAUAACACUAUAAAAUAUUACUGUUUAAGGUAGAUCUUUAUGUAUGGUGAACAAGUAUGGUAUGUCAACAUUUUCUUUUUUGUAAGGUGAAUUUUAAUUGCGUGAGAAAACUGUAAAAUGGACUAAACGCACCUUUAUUUUCUUUUUCUGUAAAAAGUGCGGUAUAAAUGAAAAUAACUGAACUGAAUUCAUGGAUUUUUGCUUUCAUUAGAACAUUCCUCUCUGUCUACUGUCUCCAAUUGUUCUCUGAAAAUGACUCAAUAUAUAAACUUGGUAAAUAACGUAUUUAUGCCCGAUUAUUGAACAGUUUGUGUCACAUUUUCAACUCAAUACAUACAUACGUGAGCUUGUUAGUUAUUUACCAAAGUUUAUUCUAGUUAUACUUAAUUAGUGUUUGCAUUUAUUUGACUUUGUGUUGUGCAUGUGUGUAUAUUAUUUGUACCUAAUCUUAGGCCAUAUUUUUAGCUUAUUAUUAUACUAUUUUAUGUAACGCGUUUAUUCCUCGAAAAGGUAUACUUUUGAAAUGUUUGUACAAUUUAUUUCUAGUUAUGAAACUAUGUAGUUGCGAGUUGAAUUUCAAUUUGAUGUUAGUCUUGAGUGUGGGAUAAAGUCUCUAUUUUUAUUAUGAUGUGGUAACUGAGGAUGUAACGAACUAAUCUAGAUGUUAAAUAACAUAACACUGUUACAUACAAGUAAAUCAAUGUAUAUUCUAUUCGGUGUAUCGGAAACGUUGUGGAUAUUUUCCGAUCACUUAAUGGCGAUAUUUAACGGUUUUUCACAAUAUUGUCAGAUUCAAGUUUGGCAAUAGUAUAAUUUUUGAAUGAAUAAACUGUGUAAAAAGUUUGCAA